CGCGGGGAGCCUGCGUCCCUGGGCCUGGGCCUGCUCCGCCCCCGGCCGCUGCCCCGCCAGGCUCCCGUCGGCCCGUAGAGCAGAGCUGGGUUGUCCCUGAGCGCAGGCACCAUGUGCGGCAUCUUUGCUUACCUAAACUACCAUGUUCCCCGGACAAGACGGGAGAUCCUGGAGACCCUUAUCAAAGGGCUUCAGAGAUUGGAGUACAGAGGAUAUGAUUCUGCAGGUGUGGGAAUCGAUGGAGGAAAUGACAAAGACUGGGAGGCUAAUGCCGGCAAAAUCCAACUAAUCAAAAAGAAGGGGAAAGUGAAGGCUCUGGAUGAAGAGAUUAACAAACAACAGGAUAUGGACCUGGACAUCGAGUUUGAUGUACAUCUUGGCAUCGCACAUACCCGAUGGGCUACCCAUGGUGAGCCCAGUCCCGUCAAUAGCCACCCGCAGCGCUCAGAUAAAAACAAUGAAUUUAUUGUUAUCCACAAUGGCAUUAUAACCAACUACAAAGAUCUGAGAAAAUUUUUGGAAAGCAAAGGGUAUGAUUUUGAGUCUGAGACCGACACAGAAACCAUUGCCAAGCUUGUCAAGUACAUGUACGACAACCGCGAAAGUGACGACAUUAGCUUCACCACCUUGGUGGAGAGGGUUAUCCAGCAACUGGAAGGUGCUUUUGCCCUUGUGUUUAAAAGUGUCCAUUACCAUGGUCAAGCAGUUGGCACCAGACGAGGAAGCCCCCUGCUGAUUGGAGUUCGAAGUGAACACAAGCUCUCCACUGACCACAUUCCAAUACUGUACAGAACAGCUGUGCAAUCUAUGGAUCAUUCUGUUGGUGGAAUAUCCAUAGAAGCGGAGAAAGGUAAAGACAAGAAAGGAAGUUGCAGCCUCUCCCGUAUCGACAGCACCACCUGUCUUUUCCCUGUUGAAGAGAAAGCUGUGGAGUACUACUUUGCUUCUGAUGCGAGUGCUGUCAUCGAGCACACAAAUAGAGUGAUUUUCCUUGAAGACGAUGACGUAGCAGCUGUGGUGGACGGUCGUCUUUCUAUCCACCGGAUCAAACGCACAGCGGGUGACCACCCUGGGCGUGCAGUCCAGACCCUGCAGAUGGAACUACAGCAGAUCAUGAAGGGUAACUUCAGUUCAUUUAUGCAGAAGGAAAUUUUUGAGCAACCAGAAUCUGUUGUUAACACAAUGAGAGGAAGAGUCAACUUUGAUGACUACACUGUGAAUCUGGGCGGGUUGAAGGAUCACAUCAAGGAGAUUCAGCGGUGUCGGCGUUUAAUCCUGAUUGCUUGUGGGACAAGCUACCAUGCCGGAGUUGCGACUCGUCAAGUGCUAGAAGAAUUGACUGAAUUGCCUGUUAUGGUUGAACUAGCCAGUGACUUUUUGGACAGAAACACUCCAGUUUUCAGAGAUGACGUCUGCUUUUUUAUCAGCCAGUCAGGCGAGACAGCAGAUACUUUGAUGGGUCUUCGAUACUGUAAGGAAAGGGGAGCCCUCACUGUAGGAAUAACUAAUACCGUGGGCAGUUCCAUAUCCAGGGAGACCGACUGCGGUGUCCAUAUCAACGCAGGACCAGAGAUUGGUGUGGCUAGCACAAAGGCCUACACUAGCCAGUUUGUUUCUCUGGUGAUGUUUGCCCUCAUGAUGUGUGAUGAUAGGAUUUCUAUGCAAGAAAGACGCAAAGAAAUCAUGCAUGGUCUCAAGGUCCUACCAGACUUGAUUAAAGAAGUGCUGAGCAUGGAUGAUGAGAUCCAGAAACUGGCAACAGAGCUUUACCAUCAGAAGUCGGUCUUGAUUAUGGGACGUGGCUAUCACUACGCUACGUGUCUCGAGGGAGCUUUGAAAAUAAAAGAAAUCACAUACAUGCACUCAGAAGGCAUAAUGGCUGGUGAGCUGAAGCAUGGUCCCCUCGCCCUGGUAGACAAGUUGAUGCCUGUUAUCAUGAUCAUCACAAGGGACCAUACGUAUACUAAGUGCCAGAAUGCUCUCCAGCAGGUUAUAGCGCGGCAGGGGCGACCGGUAGUGAUUUGUGAUAAGGAAGACACAGAGACAAUUAAUAAUAAUAAGAGGACAAUCAAAGUUCCUCAUUCCGUGGACUGUCUGCAAGGAAUCUUGAGUGUCAUCCCUUUACAGCUUCUGGCUUUCCAUCUUGCAGUUCUCAGAGGAUAUGAUGUUGAUUUUCCAAGAAAUCUGGCCAAAUCUGUAACUGUAGAGUAAAAGUGCAUCUGAAUCUUAGGAGUAUGGGGAAGUAAAUGGAGAGACUUUUUGGGUACCAAAAUACCUUGAUUUUAAAGUCCCCUAAAUUAAAUAGUUUGUGUAUAAAAUCA